AUGGACACCAAGGCGGCACGGAGGAGACGGUCUAGCAGUCUGAUGUACACCGAGCCCCCUGAGUCGCUGGAGCACAUCAGUGACCAGGCCGCCCUGCCCAACCUCAACUCAGAAUGGGUCAAUGCCAAAGGUGCCUGGGCCAUCCACUUUGUUCUCAUCGCGCUCCUCAAAAUCAUCUUCGACAUCGUCCCCAAUAUCUCCCAAGAAACAUCAUGGACCCUCACCAACAUCUCGUACAUGGCUGGCUCAUUCCUCAUGUUCCACUGGGUGCGAGGUGUGCCCUUCGAAUUCAAUGCCGGUGCUUACGACAACCUCAACAUGUGGGAGCAGAUCGAUAGCGGCGACCAAUAUACUCCCGCCAAAAAGUUCCUGCUCAGUGUUCCCAUUAUUCUUUUCCUUGUCAGCACUCACUACACGCAUUACGACAUCACCUAUUUCAUGAUCAACUUCAUGGCAACCCUCGCUGUUGUCGUACCAAAGCUUCCUGCUCUUCACCGCAUGCGCAUCGCUCUUUUCAACCCUGACGUGGAGGACCGAUGA